CGCCUAUGUUGGAAUCUGAAUGAUGUACACAAUCGACAAUGAAGAAGAUUGAGAAGAGACCGGCCUCAUACCAUACAUGAUAACAUGUAAAAUUUGAUAAAAAAAAGUAGAGAAGAAGUUAUCGCACAACUGAACGGUGAACAACUCCUGAAAAUUGAUAUGGAAUAUUAUAAAGAAUUAUAACGAAUGAUAAAGAGCCCCCGUCCAAAAGAAAUUUUUAUUCAAGCCCUUAUCUAAUCAGCAUGCUCAAUUGUAACAAGAGGAACAUUUCAAUGUGAUUACAGAGAAUCGUUUUUCACUUGGUGUAGUUCCAUGAUUAGUAGACGAAUUCAGUCUUACAGUUUCUGUGUAAAUGAAAAGUGGGAAAAAUUGUAACAGGGAAACAUGGCCGACCAAUCAAGGAUUACCGUCAGGCGAGCUGCAAAAGAGGAUAUGGCUGAUGUUCUUCUAAUGAUUCAGGAAUUGGCAGACUUUGAAAAGAUGCCAGAUGGACCGAAACUUACGGUUGAUGAUCUCAUUCGGGACGGUGGUUUCGAUUCGAAUGACGCAAAUGGCCAUCCAUUAUUUUUCUGUUUCAUUGCUGAAGAAAUCAGCCCAACAACGAAUCGAAUCGGCGACGAUGGUAAUGUUGAUUUAACAUUAAAUCGACAGCCAAUGACCCGGAACUUGCUAAAUUCGAAAAAAUGACCAACGAACCCAGCUUAACAGUAGAAGGUAUCGCGUCCACGUUCCUAAACCAAUGCAAUUAAAUAUUGUCACGUUCAAUACAGACCUGCACAGAGACGGUGGUUUCCUGUCGUCAACUGAUCCUACAACAUUUGUGUGCUUCAUCG